AUGGUAAAGCCAACAGUUGAUCCUGCUGUAACACCAAGUGUACAUCCUGACUAAGUCUCUCCAAAUCACCAACAAAAUGUUCAAGUACCUGCUUUUGGCUGCGCUCAUCCCAGCGGUUAUGCUGCAGAACGCCGACAACGUUGACCACGAGUCAUGGCCUCAGGUUGCCAUCCGCCCAUGCGCUGGAGUUCGUCCACCACCACGUGGCGUUCGUAUCGAAGAUUGCGUUGAACUGCCAUGCCUGUUGCCCCGUGGCCGUGACGCCAACAUGGCUAUGGACUUCACCGCAAUCCAGGACGCAACCAACCUUAACACCGUUGUGACCGCUACCGCUCUGGGAAUUACUGCUCCCUAUGAGCUGCCCGCUGAACGUGCCGCUGCUUGCAACUGGCUGGUGCAAUCCCGCUGCCCAAUCUCGGCCGGAGAGGAUCUGACCUACCACCUGAGCAUGCCCGUGACUGCCAUCUAUCCACUGGUCAGUGUGACCAUCGAAAUCGAUGUUGUGGAUCAGUCCCAACAGUCCCACGGAUGUUUCGUCGUCGAUACCCGUGUGGUUGCCAACUAAGGUGUUUUUUCGGUCAUUUGUGUAGAGUCUCGUAGAAUAGUGUUGUACUGUUCUGCAAGCUGUAAAACGUUAUUUAUUUGAUGAAAAUAUAGGGGUACUGAUCAACUGUGACAAUA